AUGCCUCCGAGACGCAGAAACAAACCCGAUCCAAACAUCAACCGCCGAUCUGCCGUCAAGAAUUUGGAGCCUUCCCUGAAAGAAGUAGAAGAAAGAGAAGGAGAGAAAGUGUCAACUCAUGAGAUUUUUACCAAAGGAACGCCAGUUGAAGUUAGCAGUGACGAAGAGGGCUUUAAUGGUGCUUGGUUUGCUGCAACUAUAGUGGAAGCUGUUGGGGAGGACAAGUUCCUUAUUGAAUACCAGAGUUUGAGGACUGAAGAUGAUUCAGCAUUUUUGAGAGAAGAGAUUGAUACGCUGCACAUACGACCUUGUCCACCUGAAACUGUUGUUGAUCAUUUCAGUUUGCUUCAAGAGGUUGAUGGAUAUUACAAUGAUGGUUGGUGGGUUGGUGUGAUCUCAAAGGUUCUUAGGGGCUCAAGAUACAUAGUCUACUUCAGGGGCACCUAUGAGGAAAUUGAAUUUCAGCACUCUGAGUUAAGGCUUCAUCAGGAUUGGAUUGGUGGCAAAUGGGUUAUGGCUUCUCGGUUCCACCUGCCUGCUGAAACCUACUCCAUGUGUGCAGUUUCAGCGUCAAAUGAUGAUGAUAGCUUUGCAUCUGUGAUUACUGGUGCAAAUGGAAAGGUUUCCUACGAGUACUUGUUAUGGUAG